GACUGGACAUCAUCCUGUUCUCUCUAUCACACCUCUUCUCACAUACCACAUUCAUACUACCGCAAUCAUGUCUGCUCCCGACUCCUCCCCCCAGCAGAUCCGCACGGUGACGACUGAUCUCCUCAAGAUCAACCACCCCAUCAUGCUCGCCGGCAUGAACGUCGCCGCCGGUCCCAAGCUCGCCGCCGCCGUCAGCAACGCAGGUGGAAUCGGAGUCAUCGGAGGUGUGGGAUACACACCGGAUAUGCUCCGGGAGCAAAUCGCGGAGCUCAAGGGAUACCUCAAGGACAAGAACGCACCAUUCGGUGUUGAUCUGCUCCUUCCCCAAGUCGGAGGCAGUGCUCGCAAGACCAACUACGACUACACCAAGGGCAAGCUCGGCGAGCUCACCGAGAUCAUCAUCGAUUCCGGCGCCCGUCUGUUCGUCUCCGCCGUCGGUGUCCCACCCAAGCAGGUCGUCGACCGCCUCCACGAGGCUGGUAUUCUCUACAUGAACAUGAUCGGACACCCCAAGCACGUCAAGAAGUGCCUCGAGCUCGGCGUGGACAUGAUCUGCGCGCAGGGUGGCGAGGGUGGUGGCCACACUGGAGAUGUUCCCACGACUGUCCUCAUCCCAGCUGUUGCUGAGCUCUGCAAGGGCCACAAGUCUCCCAUGACCGGCCAGCCCGUGCAGGUCAUUGCUGCCGGUGGUAUCUUUGACGGCAGAGGUUUGGCCGCUGCCCUCGCUCUCGGUGCCAGCGCCGUUUGGGUCGGAACCCGCUUCAUUCUCGCAGAGGAAGCCGGCGCCCCCCGCGCCCACCAAGAAGCCGUCCGCACCGCCGGUUUCGACGACAACGUCCGCACCAUCAUCUUCACCGGCCGCCCCCUCCGCGUCCGCAACAACCCCUACAUCGCCAACUGGGAAGAGAACCGCCAGCAAGAGAUCAAGGACCUCACAUCCAAGGGCCACAUUCCCGUCGAAUGGGACAUGGAGCGCAUGGGCGACGAUGUCGAUGAUGACACCAUGGACAAUGCCCGGCCGUUCCUCAUGGGCAAGGCUGCGGCGGUUGUGAAUCAUAAGAAGUCGGCGAAGGUGAUUAUUGAUGAGAUGGUGCAGGGUGCUGUUGAUACUUUCCAUGCGAACUCUUCGACGUUGUCGGGUAAGAGUAAGUUGUAGAUGGGAAAAGGGGCGGGGUGGAUGUAGGGAUUGUGGUUUGAGAGCUUCAAAAUGUUGUUUUUAUUUUGAACGGAAGCAGUCAUUCGUCGAUUUGAUGGUUCUCGUUGUUUGGAUCUACUGACUAGAUGAACUUCCUGCCUUUCUGAGAACAGGAUAGCUUACGAGUGCGGUGAAAUGCGUCCACGUCUCGAGCAGU